UCAUCCGUUUGGCCAUAUUUAGUACAUUUCAGUGCUGCUUGGCACAUGUGUGCAUAUUUAGCCAACAUGAAUGCCAGCACAGAUUUUAAGCCCGUUUUGACACGCGCCGCGCUUGCAUUGAAAAAAACUCAGGAUGAUUCGGAAUUUAAGGCUCUGGUGUUUCAAGAACCGCAAGCUGCACUUCCAAAUAAUAAACAAGAGAAAACAACAAAUGAUACUGUGAAAGAUGACAAAAGAACAGACGGUGGCAAGCUUAAGAAAGGAGAAGACAACGAAUUUGACAUAAAAAAAGCACGCCAAGAAGUUCUUAACUUUGCCAUUGCCAAUCAGCGGACCAUCAAAAACAAACGAAAAAUGGAAAUAUUUCAGCUGAUCAAACUUGGCGCCAAGCCACCGAAGAAGGCAUAUAAAAACUACAAGGAAUUGAAGGCAGAACGCAAGCGUCUAAAGGACACGCGCGAGGAGCGCAAGAAAUUCCAUCAAUUGGGCAAGAAUCAAACUGGUGCGGCCAGUGUCAAGUGCAACAAUAAAACUAAACAAAAACGGCGUGCGCCAGUUGCCAAUAUAGGCCAGCACUAUGGCAAAGCGCAGCCCAAAUUUAAGAAGCGAAAUUAAACUAGCCUAAACUAAA